AUGAAUUUACCAAAAAUUUCAUUUUUUGAUGAUCCUAAAUCCUAAUUGUGGAUCAAGGAGGUUAUUUAGAUGUCGGAUCCGAUAAUCAGUGGGACUUUGAUAAGAAACUCAAAGAAAGGGACUUAGAAGGAGAUCAACUACUUUGUAUAGGAUGGAAAGUUAGCGAACAACAAGAAAUUCAUAGAUCUUUAGAAUGUGACAUUGGAUAAACUGAAGAAUUACGGUUUCAAGUUGACCAGGAAUCGGAAAUCAGUAGAGUUGUUUGCCCACAAUGAAUAAGCACAAGUAGUGUGGUAUGAUUAUCUGAAAUCGUUUUGCAUUUAAAGAGGGUUUAACAAUGUGUACACAAUAAACAAGCUGAUAGGCAAGGGCAAUUUCGCAAAGGUGUAUAGUGCAUAAAAAAAGAGUGAUCAAUCAUAGUACGCUGUUAAGGCAUUUGACAAGCUGAAAUUUCAAGACAUCCGAAUCGAUAAGCCUGCAUUAAUAAAGGAGUUAUCCAUAAUGAGAAAGAUGGAUUUUCGAGGAGUGAUCAAAUUGUACGAGGUUUACGAAAAUGACAAUUACAUUUUUUUGGUUUGUGAAUUAUUGGAAGGAGGAGAACUCUUCAAUUAGAUGAAGGGCAAAGCCUACGACGAAAAGACGGUGGCCAACAUCAUGUACAGAAUCCUGCAAUCCAUUGAUUACAUCCAUUCUAUUGGGGUGUUGCACAGAGACAUUAAACCUGAAAACCUCAUCCUCCGAUCUAAAGGAGACAUGACCGACGUUGUGAUAGCAGACUUCGGUCUAGCUGAUUAUUACAGUCCCUCUGGUGAUUACAUGUUCAAGCGUUGCGGUACUCCAGGAUAUGUUGCCCCAGAAUUAUUGCAAGAUAAGAUCUAUGAUUUCAAAGUGGACAUCUUUAGUGCGGGAGUACUUAUGUUCAUCAUGUUGACUGGUGCCUCUCCUUUUAAAGCCAAAUCUUAUGAUGAGAUUGUGAUGAAGAACUACCAUUGUCAGAUCGAGUAUAGUUUAAUCAACAAUCAUCCUCUCAGCGAAGAGGCUAUUCAUUUGUUGAGAGCAUUGCUUGAAAAGAAUCCUGAUCUCAGGAUAAGCACAGAGUUGGCUCUUUAACAUCAAUGGUUUCAGAAGUAGGCCGACUAUCAGUUGCAUCUGGAAGAGAACCUACCUAGACACAAAAGAAAUUCAGAUCUGUAUGCCAGAACUCCACUUAUGGGUUAGGAACUCAACCAAUCAUUGACAUCCACUCCUUUGAGUGUGACACCUUAAAUGAGGAGCAAAUCAAAUACUGCUGACAUAAACCGAGAAGACCAGAGUGGAAAUACAUUCAGAUAACAGAGUUAGUCAGUCAAGGUUUAGAAACAAGAAUGCAUCUUAGAAGAGAAUGAUUAUAAUGUAAAUGAAGAAGACGAUAUCCCUCGUAGUAAUCAAAUUAAGAUGUAUUAGAUCUAACCAAAAUUAAAAAAAAAUUAAGAAGAGCAAUAGAAGUACAAUGUUGAUAAUGCAAAUAACAUUCGUGGGUCACUUAAAUAAGCUUUUUGAAUAAUAUAUUAAAUUUAAAUAAUUUUGUUAUUCUUAUA